UAAGCUAGAAUAAGCUUGUUGUCGAGAAAAAUUAGCUUGUAUAUACUUAGUUUUAAGCAAGGGCACAGAUACCCUACAUAAAGAAAAAAGAGAGAAGAAAAAUUGCCACACUAUGAAAAGACAAGAAGGUCACAAUAGUUUGAGCAGUCGAAGAAAGAGCGGGGAGAAAAGACGAAGCGAAAUAAAACGCAACCAACGCCUAAGUACCUAUGAAGAUAAGCGAUUGUGUUUUAUCCGCAAUUCUCAAGUUCCUGGACUCAACAUCUUUUAUUUCGCUUCUUGGAAGCCAAUGACGCUAGAGUUCUUGGAGUUUGUAUGAAGACGGGCAGAGACUCGUGGUGCAAGCACUGAAGUAUACUGGACAUUGGAGAAGCGACGGAACCCACAAGGAGACGGUCAUCUCGCUCGUGAGUGGAUAAUAAACAUUGCAGAACACGAAGGCCAACGUGGGUGCGCACGUCAGGCAGCUGAAAAAAGCGCACAUUUAUAUGUAUGUAUGCGAGAUCGUGCACAUACUGCCAUCUCGCUCUAACCAACGAAGUUCUUGCGGGCCAGCAACUAGAGGCUUGAGUGCGCAGUUGGCUGAUGAAAUCGAGGGAAAAUUUCUGGAUUGUGGCUUGUUUGGUAAGUGCCAAUUUGAUUGUUGAUUUGGGGAAAGGUUAGUCUGCGGGUGAUGAUUACCAGAGCAAUGAGCAAAUUAAGGGCAACGGAUGAAAUGGACGAGGACAACGUUGAGAUGGGAAAAGUGGAAAGAGAAUCCGCGCAAGGUGAAGCCUCAAAUAAGGAGGGGGCCGGGCCCGGCACAUCAAAAGAAGCCCAAUCACAUGGCGUUGUUAACGUUAUGAUGGAGAUGUGGCGCCAAAUGCAAGAAAGUCAGCGGGCCAAUGCAAUGCAAAUGCAGCAGUUCCAAAUGGAAGUUCUGCGGAUGAAUCAAAUUCAAAUGGAAAAAACUAAUAUACUUCUGCGAUCCCUUGGUAUUAGUGGAAGGAGAACUGGCGAGCCAGGACCACAAUCAACCACGGCUGAGCCCUCAGUGAUAUCAGACGCAGUCUCAUCACCAAGGCAACCGGUUCCUUCUCAGGAAACGCAAAGAAAAUUGUACGAUCUACCGGAGUUGAAUGGUGCUCCCGAAGAGUGGCCAAUGUUCAACGAAGCUUUCACUAUGACCACUGCAGAGUACGGAUACAGUGACAGGCAAAAUUUGUUACGCCUCCAAAAGGCAAUAAAGGGCAAGGCUAGGGAGACCGUUGAAUGUUUGCUUAUUCACAGUUCUAACGUUUCAAAUAUUUUAGAGACCCUUAAACAAAAUUUUGGUAGACCGGAGAAACUCGUAAAAAGCCAGAUUAGUCGCGUUAGAGAAUUUCCGAGCAUUCGCGAAGGGAGAUUGGAACAAUUAGUAGAGUUCAAAAUGAAGGUACAAAACUUGGCUUCAUUCUUAGAAGCAGCUAACGCACAUCAGCAGUUAAAAAACCCAACAUUAAUGGAGAAGUUAAUCUUAAAGUUGCCAGUGCAACAGAGACUAGAGUGGGCACGCCAUUCCAAGCAACUAGGAGAUGAAAAAUCGAUCAGUCAUUUAAGUCAAUGGCUUCAGGGAUUGGCCGAAGAAGUGCAAGACGCAGGAUUGGUUGACGAUCAGGCGACGUUCAAGCCAAAGAAGGAAAAGUCGAGACUAUUCCAUGCAAACGACAUCGGACUUGUAACCAUGAAGGCGUGCUCCGUCUGCAAUGGGAAACACGACUUGGAAAACUGUAACUCAUUUGCCCAGUUAGAACUUGAAAAAAAAUGGCAGCAUGUAAGGGAAAGAAAAUUAUGCUUCAAUUGCCUAAAGUACGGCCAUCGUAGUCAAAAAUGUAGACGACAUCACCAAUGUGGACUUGAUGGAUGUGCCAAACGCAUUCACCGUUUGCUCCAUGCAGAAUCAGUUAAUCAACCAGGCGAGGAAGUAAAGUUCACAGGAACAGCAACGCAUGAGGCUAGCUCAAUGAUUUUGUUUAAGAUAUUGCCUGUUAAUCUUCAUGCUAAAAAUAAAAUAGUGAGGUGCCACGCCUUUUUGGAUGAAGGUUCUGCAGUAACCCUUAUAAAUGAAAGCCUGGCAGACGAGUUAGGAUUACAUGGGCCCAAAGAAAGUCUGACAUUGCAAUGGUUUGGAGAAAAGACAUCAACGGAAUUGGUCAGCCGAUUUAAUAUUGGAAUAUCUGAUGAACGUGGAGGCAAGGUCUAUGCACUAAACGGAGUAAGGACUAUUAAGGAUUUACGGCUGCCGAAGCAAUCCGUAAACAUGUCUCAGCUAAGUUCGCAAUACCCACACAUAAAGAGUAUUCCUUUGAAAGGCUAUAGAAAUGCUAGACCUGAAAUACUAAUCGGACUAGAUAACCUACAUUUGAUAGCUCCAAAGCAAAUGAGAUCUAUGGGAUACGUUGGGCCAGCCAUUGCAUUAACCAAUCUGGGUUGGGUUGCGUAUGGAAAAUGUCGCGGAGAAUCAGGACCCAUGAGUAAUGUAAAGGCCGUACAUCUGGUUAAACACAAUGACGAGCACAUUGAACAGUUGGUGCGAGACUACAUCACGAAUUCGGAAAUGGAUGUGCGGAUUGUGAAAAACCACGUAGAAGGUCGAGAAACUGAGAGAUCGAACCGAUUGCUAUCAACCACGACAAAACGUAUUGGUGACCGUUUUGAAACGGGAUUACUAUGGAAAGUGGAUGACGUCGUCUUGCCUGACAGCAAGAAAAUGGCAAUAAAGAGACAAUUGUCUUUGGAAAGAAAAUUUAUACAUGAUCCAGAGUACUACAAAAAAUACUGCGACCUGAUGGAAGCAUACGAAGAAAAGUCAUACAUUCGGCAUAUCACAAGCAAUGAACUGGAAGUGGACAAGAAAAAAGAAUGGUUCCUGCCUCAUUUUGGGGUCUUAAAUCCUAACAAGCCCGGCAAGUUGAGAAUUGCUUUCGACGCGGCUGCAGAAGUCGAUGGAUUGUCGUUAAACUCCAUGCUCAUGACUGGCCCCGACGGGUAUCAAUCCCUAACGGGAUGUCUGUGCUGACAUAGCAGAAAUGUUCCACCAAGUCAUAAUACGAAAGGAGGAUCGAUGUGCCCAACGCAUACUAUGGAGGAAGAAUCCAGGCGACGAGAUGAAGGAGUAUGAAAUGCAGGUCAUGACCUUUGGAGCCAAAUGUUCACCGGCCUCUGCUCAAUAUGUGAAAAAUAGAAACGCACUUGAAUUUAAGGAAUCGUAUCCAGAUGCGGUGAAUGCCAUUAUUAAAAACCAUUAUGUGGACGAUUUGGUGCAUUGUUUUUCAUCCGAAGAAUCGGCUGCGAGAGUCGUGAAGGAGAUAGUUGACAUUCACAAAAAGGGAGGAUUCGAACUGAGAAAGUUUGUGUCCAAUUGCGAGUGGUUAUGUCUGUGUUUGACCCAUUUGGAAUUCUAGCCGAAUAUUCCCUGAUCGCUAAACUGCUUCUGCAGUCAAUAUGGCAAAAGCGAACAGAGUGGGACCAGCCAAUUGAGAGCGACGAUAUAAAGCAAUGGAAAUGUUGGUUGCGCAGCCUAAGCCAAGCAUGCAAGAUAAGGAUACCCCGAUGUUACGCUGAAGAGUUCUUUGGGGAACCAAUUGAACUACACAUAUUUUGCGAUGAGUGAGUCAGCUUAUGCAGCAGUUGGAUACUGGCGCAUACGUACGAAAUCUGGAUGGAAGUCCGCAUUUAUAAUGGGAAAGACCAAGUGUGCCCCAAUGAAACUAUCGACCAUACCCAGGCUCGAGCUACAGGCGGCAGUGCUAGGAACUCGUCUCAGGAAAUGUAUUCUUGAGGGUCACGACGUCAACCCCAAAUGUGUCCACAUGUGGUCCGACUCCAAGACUGUCUUAGCAUGGAUUAAAUCAGAUCACAGAAAAUAUAAGCCAUAUGUAGGACACAGAAUUGACGAGAUACUUGAAGCCACAAGGUUGGAAGAUUGGCAUUGGGUGCCUACUAAGGAUAACCCGGCAGACUUUGGCACCAAACUCAGAUCUGGAACUCGAGAAACCUCCUGGUUGAGAGGCCCUCAAUUCCUUCAAGAGGACGCAAGUCAAUGGAAUAUAGGAACUUCAGACGUUGGUGACACGGAACUGGAACUAAGAAGCAAGUUUACGUUAUCAAUCAAUGAGAUGUCUUCAGAUGGAUCUGUCAAUAUCGUAUUCAGGGAGUUGCUGGAAAGGUUCUCUUCAUUUACAAGGCUGAUGCGAGUUGUCGCUUGGGUCUACAGGAUGUGUGAUCGUAAGAUCAAACGAAAAGUCUACCUUGAUGUAGCUGAAAUUGAAGAAGCUGUACUCAUAGUGAUCCGCAAUGUACAGGAUGUUGCAUUUCAUGAUGAGCGGGUGGCGCUAUUGACUGGACAGUCCAUCGAAAAGAACAGCAAGCUGUGGAAGUUGUCUCCGAUCAUAGACGGAAGAGGAGUGAUCCGCAUGAAUGGGCGUAUUAAUAACGCGUGUUCGGUUGGAGAAGAAACCAGGCGUCCAAUAUUAAUGCCCCAAGGGCAUCACGUUACAAAAUUGAUCGUGCGACAUUAUCACGAGCUAUGGAAACACCAGAAUGAAAACACAAUUAUAGCAGAAAUACGCAGAAAGUACUACAUACCACACUGCCGACAGGAGGUUCGCCGUGCAGCUAGAAAUUGUAUGACUUGUAAAAUCCAGCGAGCUUCACCAAAAAUGCCAUUAAUGGGACAACUUCCUAAGGACAGACUCUCUCCGUACGUACGCUUAUUCUCAUAUGUUGGAAUCGACUAUAUGGGACCGUUUCUGGUUGUAAGAGGAAGGCCUGGAUAGAAGAAACGCUGGAUAUGCAUAUUUACAUGCCUUACGCGGAAGACCAGUAAGAAUCCGAUCUGACAAUGGUACCAAUUUGGUGGGAGCUGAGCGUGAAUUGAAAAGAGAAUUACAGGACCUCGAUCACAUUAGAAUAGCGAACGAGAUGUCAACC